AUGCACCGAACAAAUCGUGGAGCCAUGGCCAUGGCAUCUUUGCUGGCAGUUCUUGGCUUGGCUUGCCAACCACUGGUGUGUCUGGUUUUGGGCGGAUGGGCUCAGCAAGGAGGUGCUCCGAGGCCGCGCGUGGCGCUGCGAGCCUCGCUUGGGGAGGCGUUUCAGCUUCCGCCCGAGAAAGUGGUAACGGCCGUGUCGAAGGCAGGGUCACGGGUGACCGCCUCCGAUGUGGCCGCUGCUGGCGGUUUGAGUCUGGAAGAGGCGCGCAAGGGCGUGGUAGAGCUUGCGGGCGCGCUUGGGGCAGAAGCCGAGCUAGAGGUGUCCAAGACAGGCGAGCUCGUGUAUCGCUUCCCCUCGGACGUGCAAGGGGCCUUGUCAAAGGUUUCUUCAGCGGCAGCAGCUCGGGAAGCGUGGAACAAAGCGAAGCCGACCGUCUUCACAGCUCUACGAGCUGCUUUCGGCGUGGCCCUCUUUGCUUCGAUCGCCGUCAUCUACACAGCGAUCAUUGCCAUCAGCACCUCCAGCUCAGACCGGGACCGAGAUGACCGACGAAGAGGUGGAGACUCAUUCGGUGGAGGAGGCUUCGACCUCGGUCCGACUCUCUACUACGGCCCGUCGCCUUUCGACGUCAUCUUUUACAGACCCUACUACUCGUAUGGCACCGUCUACGAUGACUGGCAGCCGCGAAACUCACCGCCGCAAAUGGGCUUUUUGGAGUCGGUCUACAGCUUCGUCUUUGGGGACGGGGAUCCGAAUGAUGGCCGCUUGGAUCGGCAGCUUUCAGCCGUGGCAGCCCUGGCCCGGCGGAAUGGAGGAGUGCUGACGGCCGAACAGAUGGCACCGCUGCUAGACCCACCAGCAUACAAGUCCCCGGACGCCACGUACAACGUCAACGAGAGCUGGGUCUUGCCGGCCGUUUCAAGGCUGAACGCAAGACCCGAGGUGGCGGAUGAUGGGCACAUUGUUUACAUCUUCGACGACCUUCAGACCACGGCAGGUGAAGCCUCUUCUCGCAAACCUCCGACGAUCUUGGAGGAGAACGAGGUGCCUUUCUCGAUGGCGGAUGAGGGCAAUCUCACGCUGGUCGUCUUGCUAGGCGUGGCCAACCUUAUCGGAGCUGCCUACCUGGGUGCCCAGUUUGCAAGUCUCGCUGGCUACCAGCUGGUAGGCUUCCUCGGGGCCGUGAAGGGCUUCUACCCAGCACUCUUGGCUUAUGCAGUGGGCUUCUUUGCAGCUCCGGCUAUUCGGUUCCUCGGCCUGGGGAAGACGAACGAUGAGAUUCAGCAGAGGAACAGGAACCGCAAAGACUGGCUGAACGUACUGCGGUCCGGCGCCGUUGAUGGAAAGCUAGCCCAGGCAAGGAACUUUCGGCAAGGCAUGCGACAGAUUGGCAAGGACGACGCUGUCUACAGCACUGCGAAGGAGGCAGAAGGCCAAUCCACGCAGGGUCAGUUGGAAGACUUUGAUCGCCGCCUGCGAAGCUGA